CGUCAACUCGAGCCGGCCCCGCCACUCCCACUCACCUCCACUCCACGCUUUAAGCCGCGCCGCGCGCGCGGCGCGGCGCCAACCACCUUGCACUGCACUGUCACUCGCGGACGCCGCGAGCCGAGCUGAGCUACGCCAUGGCGGGGGCGGUGGUGCUGGCGCUGCUUCUGCUGCUCGCGGCGAUGGCGGCGGCGUCGGUGGCGGCAGCCGGGGGAUGCGCCGGCGAGGCGUUCUCGGCGAACCGCGCGUACGCGGCGUGCAGCGACCUGCCGCGGCUCGGCGCGUCACUGCGCUGGACGUACGACCGCGGCGCGGGCGGGGAGCUGUCCGUCGCGUUCGUGGCGGCGCCCGCGGCGCCGGGAGGGUGGGUGGCGUGGGGGCUCAACCCGGCCGGUGACGGGAUGGCCGGGGCGCAGGCGCUCGUCGCCGUGCCGUCGUCGUCGGGCGCGUGGGAGGUCCGGACAUACAACAUCUCCGGGUACGCGCUCGGCGAGCCGGGGCCGAUCGCGUUCCCGGCGUCGGACCUCGCCGCCGAGCUCGGCGCCGACGGCCGCGUCAGGGUGUUCGGCACGCUGAGCCUCGCCGCCUACGGCGGCGCCGGCGUGCUGAACCAGGUGUGGCAGGUCGGCCCCGCCGUCACCGGCGGCGUCCCCGCGCCGCACGCCAUGGGCGGCGCCAACCUCGCUGCCAAGGCGAAGCUAGACCUACUAACACAAACCACCACCGCCGCCUCCUCCUCCUCCGACGCCAUCGCCAAGAAGCGCAACAUCCAUGGAUUGCUCAACGCCGUGAGCUGGGGAAUCCUGCUGCCCAUGGGGGCGAUCUUGGCGAGGUAUCUCAAGACCUUCAGAUCGGCGGACCCGGCAUGGUUCUACCUCCAUGUGAGCUGCCAGCUGAUCGGCUAUGGCGUCGGCGUCGCCGGCUGGGCCACCGGCAUCAACCUCGGCAACAUGUCCAAUGGGAUCACCUACACUCUCCACCGCAACAUCGGCAUCAUUGUCUUUGCUCUUGGCACCCUGCAAAUUUUUGCGCUGUUCUUGAGGCCCAAGAAGGAGAACAAGUACAGGGUCUACUGGAACAUGUACCACCACUCCGUCGGCUACACGGUGAUCAUACUGGGGAUCACCAACAUCUUCAAGGGGAUGACCAUCCUUGGCGUCGAGCAGCGGUGGAAGACGGCCUACGUCGCCGUCCUCUGCCUCCUCGGCGUCGCCGCCAUCAUCCUUGAGGUCGUCACAUGGGGCAUGGUGGUGAAGAGGCGCAAUGCCGAGAGCAAGACCUUCAACAGCGCCUCCAAUGGCCACCUGCCUCGCCAUGUGUGAUUUUUUUUGAAGUUCUUUUUUGGGGCUUUUGUUUGUGCUGUGACAGUGUUCAUUGUGGUGUGUACUGUAGCAUAUCAUAGAUUUUCGGUCUUGUGAGUUUUUUGGCCUGCAUAUCUUUUUACCAUGAGCGUUAUGCAUUUGUAGUACAUUAGAGUGAAGAUUGAGUGUGUAGUGACCAGUUGCAGUGAGUAUGUUUGGGUUUACAUGGCUAAUCCCAUUAGAUAGCUUUUGAGUUGAGGGAUUUUAUUGUUUUUGGAGAGGUACAGAGAUGUACCACAAAUUUUUAGUAUUAAUUUAUGGUAUAUUUACACUAA